AUGCGGAGCACUAGGCAGAGAAGCGGCGCGUCCAGCUCCUCCGGCGUCGAGCAGCCACCACUCCCGCAACUUACAGUCACGUGCCCGCCCUACCACAUCAUUAAACCCUAUUCGCAACCUUGCCACCACAACGGCUGCCCCCGGCCCGCGAUCACCUCCCGCGUCAACUUCCAGCCCGUCUUCCGCACACCGACAGCUGUUGCCCUUUCAGGGGCUGCUCGUCAGUUCUCCAGCUCUCCUAUUAUUCGCGCGACCUACAACCAAGUUCGCCGUGGCUGCCGGAAAGGACAGCGUGCUCGUCGGGCCCGAUCGCCCGCGAUCAAGGACCACCCGGCCAUGAAGGGUGUUUGCGUGAGGACUGGUAUUACCAAGCCUAAGAAACCUAACUCUGGCGAACGAAAGAUUGCGAGAGUACGGCUGAGUUCUGGAAAAGUCGUGACUGCGAUUAUUCCCGGUGAAGGUCACAAUAUUCAGCAGCACAGUGUUGUCCAGGUGCGUGGUGGCAGAGCUCAGGAUUGUCCUGGUGUGAAGUACACUCUGGUUCGUGGUGCUAUGGAUUUGGGUGGUGUUGGAAGCAGAAUGACCAGUCGGUCCAAAUACGGCACUAAGAAGCCAAAGACCAACUAG